AUGAUAAGCUUCCUGGUGAUAUCAUUAUCAGUUGUUCUUAUUGGUGAGGCAGCUCCAUCAACGUCAUUUCCACCACAAGCUAAUCUCACAUGUUUAGUGAAGCCUCGUUCAAACUGUUUUGCUGGCAAAUGCCCUUCUGAGUUUACGUGUAUUGAUAACUUGUGCUGCAAGGAUACCGAUAUCCUUACACAAACUCCAGACUGCACUGAUUUUCUUGAAAAUUGUGAGUCUAUAAACUGCCGUCAUCGUGACUUCUAUGAUUUCGCUCGAGCCAAUUGUGCAUUAACGUGCGGCUUCUGUGACGAUAAGCCACUGGCUCCACAAUACAACUGUAACGACAUAUUGGAUGACUGCAAAUCACGAGUUCAGCUGUGUCAAGAUAGAGAAUAUAAGAGCAUAAUGAACCUGUACUGUCCACGUACAUGUGCAACAUGCAACUAUUCCGAAUUUGAUGCUUCUCAAUGUGAGGACACGUUCACUGACUGUGCUGAGAGAGGACAAAACUUUUGUGAUGAUGCCAAGACUUCGCUCUAUCAGUUAACAGUUGGAUGUGGAAAGUACUGUAAUGCCUGCUGA